AUGGAUCAAAUGGAAAACUCACGGCAAGAGUUUCCCCAAACCACUCCUAACGUGAGAAGUAGAGGACAAGCUCCACCUAGAGAGGCUAGGGCAGAAGAGGAUGAGUAUUACAGUGAUGAAUUCGAUGACCAACAUUCCGUUGUUGUAAAUCGAAGGUUUAGAGCAAGGGUUCGCGAUGCUCGAAAGCGUGAGGAUAACAAUUUGGGAAACAUAAAGGUGAAUAUACCAUCGUUUCACGGCAGAAACGAUCAUGAAGCUUACAUUGAGUGGGAGCGAAAGAUGGAUCUGUUGUUUGAUUGUCACAAUUACUCGGAACACAAGAAGGUGAAGUUGGCAGCGAUUGAAUUCUCCGAUUAUGUCAUCAUUUGGUGGGAUCAAUUGGUGCUGAAUAGGAGGAGAAAUAGGGAGAAUCCAGUGGCAACUUGGGACGAGAUGAAAACCCUAAUGAGAAAGCGGUUCGUGCCAAGCUACUACUUCCGAGAGUUGUAUCAAAAGCUACAGAAUUUGAAGCAAGGAAAUUGGAGUGUUGAAGAGUACUUUAAGGAGAUGGAAAUUUCAAUGAUCCGAGUAAAUAUUGAGGAGGAUCGGGAGGCUACUAUGGCAAGGUUCUUGGCAGGGCUGAAUAGAGAGAUUGCAAACGUAGUGGAGUUGCAACAUUAUGUUGAGAUGGAGGACAUGGUACACAUGGCCAUCAAGAUUGAGAAUCAGCUCAAGCGGAGGGGUAACAAUCCACGAUCAGCCUCUAGUUCGAAUUCAUAUUGGAGGCAUAAUGUUGGUCACAAAGCAAACCAAUGUCCAAACAAGAGAGUUAUGCUGUUGCGUGAUGAUGGUGGGUUUGAGACCGAAGAAGAGGAGGAUUCCACACCACCACAAGAGGAUGAUGGAGAACAAGAAUAUUAUGCACAUGGUGAACUAUUGGUUGCAAUGAGAUCUCCAAACGUGCAAGGAAAGGGAGAUGAAGAAGCACAGCGAGAAAACAUCUUCUACACUAGAUGUCAUGUUCGAGACAAUGUGUGCAGUAUGAUCAUUGAUGGAGGGAGUUGCACCAAUCUUGCUAGCCCUACGAUGGUGGAGAAGUUAGGGCUGCCUACAACCAAACAUCCACAACCAUAUAAGCUGCAAUGGCUUAAUGAUAGUGGAGAAUUGAGGGUAAACAAGCAAGUGUUAGUAUCAUUUCGCAUUGGAAAGUAUGAAGAUGAGGUACUAUGUGAUGUUGUUCCGAUGCAAGCUGGACACUUGUUACUUGGUCGACCGUGGCAAUCUGAUAGACGGGCCAAGCAUGAUGGUUUCACCAACAAGUACUCAUUUGCGUUCAACUAUAGAACAAUCACUCUAGUUCCUUUAACGCCACAGCAAGUCCAUGAGGAUCAAUUCUGUUGUUUCUCUUUUGCGGACUUUGAUGAUGUAUUCCCAGAGGAGGUUCCACCGGGGUUGCCACUAAUUGGAGUCAUUGAACAUCAAAUUGAUUUUGUGCCAGGAGCUUGUAUUCCAAACCGACCAGCCUACCGAAGCAAUCAUGAGGAGACUAAAGAGAUACAAAGGAAGGUCAAGGAGUUGAUGGAAAGAGGGCACGUGAGGGAGAGCAUGAGUCCGUGUGCUGUUCCGGUGCUUUUGGUGCCUAAGGCGGAUUGA